GUUAACAGUUAGCAGCCACGGACCUCAGCGCAGGGCCACCUUCACUCAAAGCGAACCACGCCCCGGGGCAGGGGAGACGAGUUCCCCAAGUGCCCAAACUCCUGCGAUGGAAGGAAGAAUGGACUGUGAAGAGUUCUUUUAGGCUUUCAUGAUUUAAGUUGUCAAAAUGAAGUUCGGGAAGAGCAUCUGCGUGCUUAACGUCGGGGGAACCCGGUACGCCUUCACCCGUGAGGUGAUCAGGGAUUUCCCUCUUCGACGCGUCAGCCGCCUGAUUGCCUGCGCAACCGAGAAAGAGGUCCUCGAACUCUGCGAUGACUACGAUCGGGACCGGAAUGAGUUUUUCUUCGACCGCCACGCUCAGGCUUUCGUGUUUAUUAUGUUGUACGUGCGCUCCGGCAAACUCCGAUUUGUUCCCGGAGUGUGUGAGCUGUCCUUCUACACAGAGAUGCUCUACUGGGGACUGGAGAGCGCGCACUUGGACUCCUGCUGCCAGAAACGCCUGGACGAUAGGAUGUCCGACAUCGGACUGGACACACUCUCUGAGGGGGACAUCGAGGAUGAGCCCCAGAGCACAGGGGAGUCAGUGCAAGAGGCUGAGCUCACAUGUCGCGCUAGGUGGCUCGAGAAAAUGCGCAAGGCUUUUGAGGAGCCCAACUCUUCCCUUGUAGCGCAGCUUUUGGCUUCAGUGUCCGUGAUCUUUGUUAUCGUUUCUAUGAUCAUGCUGUGCGCUAGCACCCUGCCGGAUUGGGAUACAGCCAAGAGAACUACUGUGGAGGAACACAGGAUAGUGGAGGCAGUGUGUAUUGGCUGGUUCACGGCAGAGUGCAUAGUGCGCUUUCUGGUGGCUAAAGACAAGUGGGACUUCCUCCGAAGGCCACUCAACAUCAUCGACGUGAUUGCCAUUACCCCUUACUAUGUCACUAUGGCGAUGGCCCGGGCAGGGAUGCCGGGUGCUGGGCUCGGGGUUGCUGGAGUCAUACUGCGAGUCCUGAGGAUGAUGAGAGUGUUCUGGCUCAUGAAGCUGGCCAGACACUUCCUGGGACUGCAGACUCUAGGGUUGACUCUCAGGCGCUGCUACCGAGAGAUGGUCAUGUUGAUGGUGUUUGUCUGCGUUGCCAUGGCUAUAUACAGUGCCCUGGCCCAGCUACUGGAACACGGCUUGGAUCUCGAGACCCAGAACAGUGAUUAUGCCAGCAUCCCUGCUGCUGCCUGGUGGGUUAUUAUUUCAAUGACAACAGUGGGUUACGGGGAUGUGUACCCGGUAACAAUCGGAGGACGGGUGCUUGGGGGAAUGUGUGUAGUGAGCGGCAUUGUGCUCCUGGCGCUGCCCAUCACAUUCAUCUACCACAGUUUUGUUCAGUGCUACCAUGAACUCAAACUGCGCUCUGCCAGAUAUGCACGCAACCUAUCGGCAGAAAUGCUGCGAUGAACAUGUCCUAUCCUGCCUACCAUCCUGCCGACAAAAAAAAGAAACUCUAAUGACCAGAAGACCAUCAAAUGUUUGAUGUGCCCUUUUUUCCUUCCAGAUUUUAUUUUGUCCAGUCUAGAUCCAGGUACAAUAAAUUUCCUAGAAAAACCCUUUAAACAUUCAUAUAUCAAACAGAAAAAAGAAGACUAAGAAAACAUAACAUUUAACAAUUGUGAAAUUCUGCAAUAUCUUCAUGUGUUUCAGUUUAUUUUGUUUUUGAAGUUAUUUUUAUUUCCCCUAUGCAUCAGGAAAACAAAUUGUCAUUAUAAAAACAACUAUCUGUGAACAUUUAGUCAGUGCAAAAUAUAUAAAUGUCAGUGAAGGACAUUGGUAAAUGGCAUCUUGUUUACCAGUAGAACAACAUCAGUCAACAAGGCUGAUACAGACAGCAAGGCAGAUAUGUUGGAGUAUACCUACCAAAAAAAAAGGACAGAAAAUAACAUAAACCAGACAUACAAAGAUGGACUAUACAAAUAUAUUAACUUAAUAGUAAAACAAUAAAUUAAUGUUUGCUUAUGUUUUCAAUAAUUUAUUCUACUCUGAGUUGACAAAACAAGAUAUUUUCAAGUCAGUGAAAAAAUAACACAGAGCUCAUAUUUAAAGGUACUAAGCUUAUUUUAGUCAAACACAAAAUGAAACAUAAAUGCUGUUGUUUUAAUUCCUUAACACUAUUAGAAUAGCUUUGCAUGAAUUAUUGUUCAAUAGGGCCUUGUGCAACCCCUCAGUUCACCCACUGUCUGAAAUAAGCUGUUAUAGCUUUCUCCCUUUAAAGGCACCCUCCCUUUAAUCCAACUUUCUUCUGAUUUGCUGUCCCUUGCAGACAGAAGCUCUGAAAGGCUGAUGGCUGGGGCUUUUGCACUCAUAGACAAAGCUGUGUGCUUGAGAUG